AUGGCGCCAAAAAAGGAUAAAUACGGUCCGCAUAUCGAAAGUCGAUCCGAUUUUAUAGGUGGCAUCGACAAUGAGGCGCUUGACUUUGGUAAUAUAGAUCAAUAUAUACAAGUGUCAGCCGCUGUUGGUCAUCUUGGUGACUCUACAGACAGCAAUAAUAUAUUAAACAACUGUAACACCAACAAUAAUAAUAAUGAAAAUAUCAUAGUCUGCGAUCCGAAACCUGAAACACCUACAACCCCCCCAAGUACUUUAAAUGAUACAAAUUUACCCAUUUCAACGCUCUCUGCACGUGUUAGUCUUUCAAGCACCCCUAUUACUUUAACAAAUGCACUUGUUAAUCAUAAUAUAUCACAUUUGCCAGAAAGUCCGCCAGACUCAGGCUCUGAGCCUCCAUAUAGCCCACUGCAGGAUGUGCAUGGAUUAACGUUAACAUCACGCGAAUUGUAUAAUGGAUCUACAAGUAUCCAUCAGCCAACAACACUACAUGAAAUGCAAAUGCAGACACCUUUCGCACCACCGCAUCAACAUAAUCAACAUAGUUUUACACAUAGUUUACAACAACAUCACUUAAACAGUUCCGUAGCGCCAUCUGCACCGCCACUUGAUAUAGCCAAUGGCGUCCGGGUCAAACAUGAGGCUGGCCUUAUCAUAAAUCCAAAUAGUUUAAUGCAUAUUCCCUGCAACAAUAACAACAACAACCAACUGAUUUGCCCCAACACGAACACGAACAAUAUUAUUCAUUAUGAUACAAUGUCAAAUAACAACUUCUAUCAAAAUAUUGGUAACAUAGCUGCCAGUAUUGAACCACAAAUACCCACAACAUGUAUGCUUACGACCACAAGUACAGAUUCUAUGGGAGAAGUAGCACGCGUGCAGCUAAUUGGCACCAGUCAAGCUACACAUACACCAAGAUCAUCGGCCCCUUCCACACCCGUGCAUUUGUCAUCGUCACGUAAACGAAAAAUGUCAACACAAAUUGAUUGUCCCGAUUAUGCUAACAUCAAACCUGAUCCAGGGCUUGCAAUAAGCCCCAUCGGUAGUUCACAUCUGCCAUUAGCUAGCGACACGCAAAAAAUAGGGCCAACAUCUCCUGUCAGUAUACACUUACCAGUUCAUAAUGGAAAUGAUGUUAUUAAUACGCCAGCACAUUCCUCCGCAUCACUUUCUCCAGCGCUGUCAACUAUUAACUCUAAUGCAGAAAAUAGCUUGGACAGCAAUAUUGGAAACAAAAAUGCAUCCAGCGCAAAUGGUGAAAAUGGGGAUGCAGGUGCGUUAACACCUUGCAUAAGAUUUAGUCCUUUUCAACCACAAAACUGGCAUCAGCUGUGUGAUCAAAGCUUACAAGAUAUUUCUGUGGUGUAUUAUAGAGUAGAUGCUGAUAAAGGUUUUAACUUCUCGGUAUCUGAUGAUGCUUUUGUAUGUCAGAAGAAAAAUCAUUUUCAAAUAACUUGCCAUGCCCGCUUACAAGGAGAAGCAAAAUUUGUGAAAACACCGUCCGGUCUUGAAAAAAUAAAAUCCUUCCAUUUGCAUUUCUAUGGAGUUAAACUAGAGGCUCCCAAUCAAACAAUACGUGUUGAACAAAGCCAAUCCGAUCGUUCGAAAAAGCCAUUCUAUCCUGUACCAAUCGAUCUCCAAAGUCAUAUUGUUAGUAAAAUUACAGUAGGCCGUUUACAUUUCUCAGAGACUACUAACAAUAAUAUGCGUAAAAAAGGCCGUCCUAAUCCUGAACAACGUUACUUUCAACUAAUUGUUGGCCUGCAUGUACAUACAGCAUCUGGAAACUUUCCUGUCAUUAGUCAAGGUAGUGAACGCAUUAUUGUACGUGCAUCAAAUCCUGGCCAAUUUGAAUCUGAUGUUGAUCUAUGUUGGCAACGCGGAUUAACACAAGAUUCUAUUUUUCAUGCCGGUCGUGUGGGCAUUAAUACGGAUCGUCCAGAUGAAAGUCUCGUUGUGCAUGGUAAUCUUAAAGUUUCCGGCCAUAUAGUUCAACCUAGUGAUAGUCGUGCAAAACAGGAAAUCGGUGAACUGGACACUUCAGUGCAACUAAGGAAUUUACAAAAAAUACGUAUUGUACGAUAUCGUUAUGAGCCUGAGUUUGCGAUACAUUCUGGUCUUAAGCGUGCCAGUGAAAGUGACACUGAAGAAAUUGUUGAUACUGGAGUGAUUGCUCAGGAAGUACGUGAGGUAAUACCAGAUGCAGUACAAGAGGCAGGUAGCAUUGUGCUUCCUAAUGGCAAUGUCAUUGAAAACUUUUUGUUAGUAAAUAAGGACCGUAUUUUAAUGGAAAAUAUUGGAGCUGUUAAAGAGCUAUGUAAAGUAACAGGUUCCUUAGAAACGCGUAUUGAAUAUUUAGAGCGCAUGAAUAAUAGACUGAUACGCGCUAAGGAAAUUGAUAGAAAUACAGUACCAAUACACAAGGCAGGGAAGAAACAUUUAUCCGACUCUUAUGAAAUAUGUUCUAAUAGAGUUCUCCAGAUCAUAAUAUUUUUCCUUGUUAUUGUGAUGGCUGCGUGUCUUGCUGCAGUAUCCACUUUAUACUUCAUGGAACAUAAUAAACAACAUCACAAUAAGAAACAACUAGAACGAAUUCAAGUAUUUGAUAAUGAGUAUUCUUACGGACAUAACCUCACGUUAUUAAAUGAUCAAGAUCAAAAUUGGAUACAUUUGCAUAACCUGUUGAAAUCGAAUAAAACCUAUCCACAUUGGACAAACUUUUUGUUUGGCUUAUCAACAACAACUCGGCCUCCCAAUGAGAAUAACGACACCAAACCUUUACGUCAGGAUCUUUUACAUAAUGACAGUGGUGAAAUAUAUUCAACAGCACAUGGACGAAAUGAUGAGUUGGCUGCGCCGCAACGUGGUCGUCUUGAAGGUACUAAAGACUUUACUCACGGCGAAACUUACAUUAAAUACCAUGAAGAUGGAAAAGAUCAACCAUUUGCAGUAUAA